AGCGAAGCAAACAACUAUAAGCCACUGAGGGCUUACGACUCGCUCAUUCCUUUUCUUUUACCUGCUAUACUCUCUUUUCAGUGUACGAGAGAGAGAGUCGAAACCCUAGAGCUGGAAAUCAGUCGAAUGAGGUCAUACUUGGAUGCUUCAAAGCUAUACCCUCCAACAUCUUGUAAAGUGCUAAAAUGAAACCAAGAACUAAUGAGAUUCCUAGAGGUCAAAAGUUGAAGAAUUUCCAAGGGGAAGGGCCAAAUUGGAUCCUUAUUGUUGGUGGCGCUUUGUUGAGUACAUUGUCAAUUCGGUUUGGGUACAAGCUUAGCCAAGCUCCUGAUACAAAACGUCUGGACAAUGCUAGCAAUGGUUUGAAAGGAAAUGUAAAAUCUACUGAUAAGAGAAGGUCCAGAGCUUGCAAACUGCAUUCAAAUGUUUAUUCUUUCACCCAAAAUGAGGAUGGCUGUUACAAUUACAUUUCAGGAAGAAGUUCAGAAGGCACUGUUGAAGCUAAGCGUCCAGCUAGUGAUCCUAUGCUAAAGGAAGCUGAUCUAUCACUCUCUUUAGUCACAAUUACAGCGCCAGAGUCAAACAGAGAAAAUGGUCUGAUUUGGGCAUCUUCUCCUGAUCGUCUUGAGCCACCUCCAAAACCAUUCCACCACUCAAAUAGCUCAGACUCUCCCUGUGGAUCAGAAUCUGGCUCUGACAUCUUUGGGAAGCGAGAAGUGAUUCACAAAUUGUGCCAGCAGUUGAAGAGAAGGGAUGAGAUGAUCUUGGAGAUGCAGGAUCAAAUCACAGCAUUCCAGAAUUCGCUCAAUGUUCAGCUGACGCAUUCUGCUAAUUUGCAGUCACAGAUUGAUGCUGCAAACCAGGACCUAUUUGAUUCUGAGAGAGAAAUCCAGAGACUGAGGACAGUCAUUGCAGAUUACUGUGUAGGGGAAGUAGGGCCCACCAAGAAGCCCACAGUAACGGGGGAUUGGUCGGCAGAAGGAAGAAAUGUUCAUAGUAAUGGGUAUGCUGAUGGGGAGAGGAUUGAGAUGCUGAAGAGGGAAGUGGGAGAGUUGAAGGAAGUGAUUGAAGGAAAGGAGUACCUGUUGCAGAGCUACAAGGAACACAAGGCAGAGCUAUCUGCUAAGGUCAAGGAACUGCAGGAGAGAUUGGCCUCUCAGGUACCUAGUAUUUUGUAGGGAACUCAGUUUUUGUGUAUGUUUUGGUUUUUCUUUUGUUUUUCCAAAAAUGUGGGAAAGCUGGGCUUCCAUAAUUUCCUUGAAUUCAGUUCAAAUGUUUCAUUCUGUAUAAUUAUGUGUGUCCGCGAGAAUGAGCAAAGAAAUAGAGAAGUUGGUUUACCACAGUUCCAC